AUGAACGGAAGGUACUUUUCAAAGGUCGACGGGGCGAUUUUCAACGGAGAACGCGCGAGCCAAUCGCGUGACACAUGUUUCUCCGAAACGAAUGUGAAUUGCGGAUUACCACGAGCAGUGUCGCGGGCGCGCGAGCGAGGCGUCGACAUGGGCGGCAAGCUCUCGCGGCUUCGCCGCCGCAAGGGCCCGUCCACGCCGUCGCCGCACGCGUCCGCCGGAUCCGACGACGCGGAGGUUUUCGACGUCGAGCGAUUCGCGGAGGAGACGUCUGUGUUCUCGCGCGCGGUGAAGAAACAGAAGAAGCGAUUGGACAAGCAGACGACCGCGACGAAGCGCGCGUGGGCGGCGAAUCGCGCGCUCGCGUCGCUGGAGGUGACGUCGCCGAACGGGAAGAGCGGCGCGGCGGCGGCGGUUCAGGCGGCGGCGACGACGACGUCGCCCGCGUUCCGCGGGGCGUCGCAUCCGACGCGACUGAUGAGCACGGAUUCAACGAGGAGCGGCACCAUCGCGUCGCCUGACGGUGGACGGCCGUUCAAGGCUCGGACGCACGAUGCGAUCGCGUCGCCGUCCGGACACGGCGCGUUGAUGUCCCCGAACGAGCGCAAAGAGGACAUCAUGAUCCGCGCCGCGGUCGCGUGGAGGAGCCGCUGGGCGGAGCAGAACAAGCAGCGGGAGCGGUCGCACAGGCGACGACUGCGAGAGCAGAAAAAGAUGCAGCGAGACUUUUCAAACGCGGUCGGCGAGAGGGACGACGAGCGGUGGCGGGCGGCGCGAGGCGACGGGAGAGAAGGAAGGCGACGGGAGCGGCGGCCGUCCGCGCGGGAUUCUCUCGCGCUGUACCGCGAGGACGACGUCGCGUCGCCGCCGCCGCCGCCGCCGCCGCGAUCAUCAAAAUCCAAAUCCAAAUCGCCGGAACCCGAACGCGAGGACGCGAACAACGACGACGACGCGCGCCGCGCCCCCGGCGGCGGCCGCGUCCUCGGGCCCUCCCGCGGCGGGCUGAGGGCCGGGUACGAGCAGGUCAAGGUGUUCAGGGACGGGAACUCGCUGUUUCACUGCGCGCGGCUCGCAGAGAUCGUGUGUCAAGCGCGGGAGAAGGAAGCCGCCGCGGGCGCGUCGAACGGCUCUUCGACGACGCGCGACGCGGAUUCCGUCGCCGCCGUGCUUCGACGCGGGAUGCGGUCGCUGGGGAAGUCGCAGGCGAACGAGACGGCGACGCAUCUGCGACGAGGCGCCGCGGCGAAGAUCGCGAGCGUGGAGGAGGACGAGGAACGCGCGCGAGAGGCGGCGUCGCCGCCGCCGAGCGGCGGCGCGUCGCGCCCGCCCGCCGGCGUCCUCGCGGACGACGUCUCCCCGAGAGCGCUCGACGCCGCGAUCGUCGCCGCGAUCAAGGGCUCGAGGUUGCUUCGAUCGAGAGCGCUGCCGUCCGGCGCGCCGCUGGAUAACUGGCGCCGCGCGAUGCGUCGCGUCGCGGACGCGAGCGAGGACCCGUCUCUUCGCGACUCGGACGCGUAUUUGCGCGCGAUGCGCGUCAGAGACGCGUUCGCCGACGCGGCGGCGCGGCCGAACGUCCCGAGCUCGUUCGUGGACGUCGCCGCGCUGAGCGCGUAUUUGAGACGGCCGAUCACGCUGAUCCGGGGGCCGGUCGGCGUCGGCGAGGACGACGACGACGGGAGCGGGAGCGACGACGACGGGAGCGACGGCGACGGCGGCGGCGGCGGCGGCGGCGGCGGUUCAGGCAGCGAUAACCAAAAGGCCGCCCGACGACGAAAGCGGUGGCGCGCGAGGUGCGCGACGGAGGUCGUCGGCGCGGCGCACGCCGCGCGCGGCCGCGCCGGGUUCACCCUAUUCUGGGAGCUCGGCGAGGGCGUCCCGCACGGCCUCCCCGCGGGCGACUUCAUCCUCCUCGUGCCCAGAGGGAAAGAAGAGCACGAGCGACGACGCGCGCGCGCCGACGCCGCGGCGUUCACGCGAGACGUUUCUUCGCUCCCAGGCGUGUCGCCCGUCGCGUUGGGGACGCCGACGUCGCGCGGCGGCGGCGGUUCAGGCGGCGGCGAGCACGCGCGCGGCAGCGGCGGCUCCCCGGGAGGGUGGUCCCCGAAGACGUGGGACGGGAUGGGCUCGCCGGUCAGCUCCGGCGCGGCGCGCGCGACGGCGGGGGAAGAGCGCGACGAGCCCCGCGCGCCUCCGCCGCCGUCGCCGCCGGGCGCCGCCGCCGCGCGUCGCCGCGCCCGCGCCCGCGCGCCCGCGCCCGCGCCCGCGCCCGCCAGCGCGAUCAAAGGCAUGCUCAACGCGGCGUCCGACGGGCACAAGCACGCGGUGCGCGCGCACGCGCGACGCGGCGUCUCGCUCGCCGAGGCGGACGAGCGCGGCGACACCGCGUUGCAUCGCGCCGCGGCGGGCGGCAGCGUCGGCCUCGUGAAGGUGGUCCUCAAGCACGCGAACGCGCCGGGUCAGCCCUCCCUGCGCGGUCUCUUGGAGGCGACGAACGCGGACGGGGAGACGCCGCUGGCGGUCGCGGUGAGGCACCGCCGCGUCAAGGCUGCGACGUAUCUCCGAAACGCGGGCGCGUCGGACCCGAGAGGGUUGGUGUCGACGCUGUCGCUCGCGCCGGGGUACGGCACCGACGGCGGGUACUCGUCGUCGUCGUCCAUCGGGUCCUUCGGCGGCGGCGAGAGCUCGGACAGCAGCGCGCUGAGCGACAGCGACGGCGGCGGGAGCGAGCUGUCGUUCGCGUCCGCGAGCGAGUCCGACGGCGACGGCGGCGGCGGACGACGGCGACGCGCGAGGAGGGCGGACGUGGACGCCGCGAACGCGGCGUGGACUGUCGCGGCGCGUCCGUCCGCGGCGGCAGCGGGAGGAGGAGGCGCGUCGUCGAGUCGCGCCAGCAGCGUGACGUCUGGCGCGUACGGCGAGGACUACCGGAGCGAGGACGACGGGUACGACAGCCGCGGCGGGUGGUCGGACAUGACGCCCACGAGCGGCAGCGAGCGCGGCGACGCGAGCGAGACGGACGGGAGCUUGUGGAACAGCGAGUCGGAGAGCAGCGCGGGGGGGUCGGACUGGGACGCGAGCGAUUACGACGACGACGACGACGCGCGCGGCGGCGGCGGCGGCGGCGACGAAGGCCACGGCGAACGCUUCGCGGCGUACGCGCGGCGUUAUUAG